UCUUCUUGCUUGGUUAUAUCUCUGAAGAGGUUUUGCAUGACAGACAAAACAAGGCUAAUCUCUGUAACACAGAAAAGGAACAAUUUCAUAGAUUAAGUUAAUGCAUGGACUUUGGUUUAAACUCUAAACACUUGCAAUGCCAAGUUCAAAGAAGAAAGCCACUAAGUCCAGGAUGAAUACAAACGGAGUUAACAUGCCGCAGCUAAGCAACGAGAUGCAGCUGGAACUCAUGAACAAGGUGAAGAGGGGAGAAUUAUCCAUUGAUGAUGCUCUGCAACAGGCCAGAAAGGACAGGGAGCAGCUACUCAAAGAGAGUAACUCAUCUAAUGAACUAAGCAACGAGAUGCAGCUGAAAAUCAUGAACAAGGUAAAGAGGGGAGAAUUAUCCAUUGAUGAUGCUCUGCAACAGGCCAGAAAGGACAGGGAGCAGCUACUCAAAGACAGUAACUCAUCUAAUGAAGAACAAACAGUCUCACAAUACAACUUCAGUGUUCAUAAGAAUGGUCGCUACAGAUGGCAGAAGCGGAUUCUUCAGCUUGAUUUCAAGACCAAAAUGCUGUGCAGCAUAGAGAAAGGCAUCAUCAAACGCCAGCUUCCCUUCUUAGCUGUCAAGAGUUGUGAUGAUGGAGUGGGUUCCAGGUUCUCCAUUUCCUUUAAAGGAAAUGAUGAUUAUGAACUGGAGGCCAAAUCGCUGGAAGACAAACAUAAGAUGAUGCAUCUUGUGAAUCAGAUUAUUUAUGGGAACAUAUACAAUGAUUCUGAGGAAGACGAUGCAGAAAAGCACCAGCAGCCGCAGGCAUCACAGAGCCAGCGGGAAGGCGUCUUGUUGCUGCUCCGAGGAGGCCUGGCUUCUUUUAAAUGGGUGAAAUAUGAAGUCCAGCUCCACCCAGGCCAGCUAAUACUGGUCCCAUUCAGGCAGCGAGGCCCCACAGAGGUGACCGCCUCGGAACCCAUGUCUAUCGUGAUUCACCUCUCAGAUGGUGACACUAGUGUGCAGAAGUCCCACAACUCUGAUACUUUCACUUUGACAACCCACAAAAACGUGUACCAGUUUAAGGUGCCUGUACCAGAUGAAACAGCAGCUCCUGGUGUUGAGCAGGGAGAGAGGGAUGCCUGGGUCCAAGCCAUCCAAAGAUUGUGUUUAGACUGGAAAAGGAAGUCCAGGUGUGAACACAUGUUUAUGGAAACCUUUCAACAUACCAGCAUAACUGAAGACACAGAGGACAACGAUACAGACCCUGAGUCAAAUGGCAGAUCUGAUGAUGCAAACAAUAUUUAUCCUCCAGCUGAAUAUAAAAAUGCUGAUCCCGUUUCCAGUGGUGACACAAGCCAGUCUCAUCCCACAAAGCCUGUUACUAAACCUCGCAUCAAGUCUGCAGCCCAAUUUACCGGACCUGAUAAUUCGAAUCCCAUACCAACCUCUCCUUGUUCUACUUUACCCACGUUGCCCUCCUCUCCUCCACCCUCUCCCUGUCAUGCUGGCAUCGCACCCUCUUCCACAGAACCAGGUACCCCUGUCAGGGAAGGGCUUCCACCCCCGAGUAUCCCAGCUCCUCCACCUUUACCCUUAAAGCCGAAAACAAGUUUAAAGAAAAAACGGACCAAAGCUUUCCACUGGGAUGUCAUUGGCUCUGACAAGAUUGCAAGAUCAUUUUGGAAACUAGAAAUUAGCAGGAAGAUCGAAAUCGACACAUCUCGUCUGUACGAGCAGUUUGCUAUCAAAGAUCUGGGGAUGUUAGGUGUGACUGAGCCGAAUAACACCCAACACAUAAUGAUGAACCAGAAGAUUGCACACAACUUCAACAUUUUCCUCAAAAGUUUUCCAGUGCAACCGGGGGAGCUGAAGGACAAACUGUUCAUCAUUAAUGAGGAAGAUGGAGGCCUGUCUGAUGAACACAUCACCUCUCUGAGACGGUAUGUCCCCACCAUGGACGAUGCGGAAAUGUACAAAUCCCUCAAGGGACCUGUUACAGAACUGCAUAUUGUGGACCAGUAUAUGAUGGAGAUGUGCAACAUCCCGUACCUGAGCACACAACUCGACCUGCUUUUGACUCUGAGGGAGCUUCCCAUCAGCAUGAACGACCUACAGCCUCUGAUUAACCAGAAGAUCAGAAUGUGCACGCAGCUGUACAACUGCAGGUCAUUUGUUUCCGUGCUGGAGUACCUGCUCACUGUUGGCAAUUACCUCAAUGAGAAUGCCGGAAAGGAAAAGGCCAAGGGAUUCCGCCUCUCCUCCUUAACCAAGCUCUCCCAGCUGCGUGGGAGGAAUAAGAAGUUCACCUUGCUCCAUGCCCUUGUGGAGCAGAUCAUGUUGCAUGAACCACACUUGGCCACUUUUACCAAAGAGUUGGCAGAAUUUGAAACUGUCGCAGGAGCUUCCAUCAAAGGCUUGACCGCAGAAGUGGACGUGCUGAAGAAUGAAGUACAAAAAGCCAUUCAGUACAGAAAAACCUGCAAGAAGACAAAGGCUGGCGCUCACCACCCAACGUUCUCUGAAGACCUAAAGAUGGUAAUUGAGAAGUACAACCUGGAUCUUACUUCGCUGACCAAGAUGUGUGAGGAGAUGAAGAAACUCUAUUCUGCCAUACUGGUUAAAUUUGGAGAACCAGCGGAUCAAGACUCCCAGGAGUUCUUUGGGGUGAUCUGUCAGUUCCUCCAUGACUUCAAAAGGGCCUAUGCUGAAACAGUUUGAGUGGUACAGCGCGCACAGAGACUCCUUGUUAAAAUGAAAAACUGAACCCAUUGUCUCGUGGUGCUCACACAUCAGGCAUGAUUACUCUGUGUGCUGCUCGAGAACCAUUUCCCAGUCAAUUAGGUGGAAGCAACUCUUGAAAUCUGCCUACAUGUGCAGAUUUCUGAAAAGACAUGAAAACAUAGGAGACAAUGGACGACUGGUGAAAUUAUGUCUUCAUCAGCGUGCAACGGAAAUUAAUCAUAAUGUAGUUAAAAUUCUUUUGAUUUGUUCUGUUUUAUGAUUUUCUUUAUUAUUGCAGAUGUACUUUUAAUACUCAGUAUGGAUUACAUGUUGACUCUCUCAAUGGAAAUUAAUUCUUUAUUGAUAAUCUUUGUCACAUAGUUGUUUAAUGAGUUCAGCUUGUUUUGGUUCAUCUGUGCGGUUACUUGGUGUAAAAAUCACGGUGCAAUGCUAUAUCGAUUCUUUUCCUCUUUUUUUGUUUAUUCACAAAAAAAUCAUCUCAAGUCCUUUUACAAACAUAAUUCACUAAAGACAAAUCCACAUUAGUCCAAUAUAUAAUAGCUGUGUUCGGAUAAGGCAAUUUAUAAAAAAUAAAGCUGAAGCUAAACCAUAUAAUUGCAUCAAAUCUUAAGUCUAAACUCAUCCCGUUGGUAUCGAUCGAUACCAGCGGGAUGAUCGAUACCAGCGGGAUGAUCGAUACCAACUUAUUUUACAUUUUCUACAAAUUGAAAAAAGCUUCAAUUUAUUUUUUUUGUUUCUGUCAUUCAUAAAAGAUGUUUUAUUUGACAGUAAUCUUUAUUCUGUGUUUGAUUAUGAUGAUAAUGAUAGAUAAUUAAAGGCAAAGUCAUUAAAUUAUCGUUAAAUUUUUAAGAAAAAAAAUAUAUUGGUAUUAAUAUCAGCAUCACCGAUACUUGCCCUGGAUUUACUUGAUAUCAGAUCGAUACCAACAUUUGCGGUGUAGCCCAGCCUUAGUCAGCAGUUAAUUAACUGGCUUCAGCUUAGAACGAUCGUCUUAUAUACACACUGUCCCCAGACCAGCACAGCAAGUCAGACCCUCCCAUCCAAGCUUUUUACUUGAGUUUAUAUAUGCAUACGUUUCAUUAUCAUUUUCAUUUAUAAUGAUUUAACAGUUAUUCUUAUAGUAAUAAUAAAUUAUAAAAGGUAGAAUCAGUUCCCAAAUGUGCUUUUUGCAACUUACAUCUAGCGAUAUCGGAAAGUUGUGUGUGUGUGUUUGUAUAUUUAAUCUAUGAGUGCUUGUAAUCACCAAAUUCCACAAUAUAAAUGCAAUCUGUUGUUUAUUUUUUACAUUAAAGUAGGAUAUAAUAUAAACCUUACUCCUAUUUACGGUCUCAAACUAGAUAUUCUCAGAACUUAGUUCUAAUAAAGAGCCGGCUGUAUGAACUGUA